AUGACGAGUGGCCCCCAAAACACAAACGGUACCUCCAACGGUACCGCUAACGGUACAAACGGCGCCACCAAUGGACACGGGCCUCUGAGCACAAUGCCUGGCCCCAACCAUGACUACAAGGUGAGCCUACAAGACAAGGUCAUUGCCAUCACCGGUGCCAAUCAAGGCAUUGGUCUUGGUAUCGCCGAGGUCUGUCUUGUGAAUGACGCUGCUUUUGUCUACAGCCUCGACGUCACUGAACCUUCAGAACCCUUUGCAGCUCUGCUCAAACGCUUCCCGGGAAAACUGGGUUUCCAGAAGUGUGAUGUGACGAACGAAGAGAGUGUAACUUCCGCGAUAGAUGCCAUCAUCGCUGAGAAGGGCCGCUUCGAUGGAAUGGUCGCCAACGCUGGUGCCACAAAGCAUCAACCUGCCUUGGACUUUACUGCUGAGCAGGUUGAGAAGCUGUUCCGUUUGAAUGUAUUUGGGGCCUGGAAUUGUGCAACGGCUGCUGCGCGCGCGUUUAUCAAGCUUGGCUGCAAGGGCAGCAUUGUGUUUACAGCCAGCAUGACAUCUUACCGCCCAAACAGAGUAAUUAUUCCCAAACUCCCUAGAAAUACUUCCCCCAUUAACUUUAUACAGGCUGCCCCAUCAGCUCCUUACGGCGCAACCAAGGGCGCAGUGCGAAACAUGACGCACACUCUUGCCAUGGAAUGGUCGCAGUACGGCAUCCGAGUGAACAGUAUUUCCCCUGGUUUCGUCAAAACUGCUCUCACAUAUUAUGUUGAAACAGCGCCUGAUUGGGAUACCAAGAUGAAGUACUACGGUGGCAUGCCCCGUCUGGCGCUACCGCAGGAGCUUGGAGGUGCAUAUGUUUACCUGCUGAGUGAGACAGCGACUUAUACAACAGGAAUUGAUAUCCCGAUCGCGGGCAUUGUUGGCGCUUGGUAG